GGCCGGCGGGCGGCUGAGGGGCGGGGUGAGGCGGCAACGACGGCUGGGCCGGGGCGGACGCGGCAGGCGGGGCGAUAAGAGUCGGUGCGGGCUCAUCUUCUGCCUCAGUACAGUGGGUGGCCGUGGUUGGGCCUGUGCUGGGGUAGCUGUGGUACCGCCGUUGCUGUUUGUCCGCGUACCUCGGCCCUUCGCUUCCUCAGGCCUAGCGGCGGCGAUGGGUUCCCGGGCAUCCACUCUGCUGCGGGACGAGGAGAUCGAGGAGAUCAAGAAGGAGACGGGCUUCUCCCACAGUCAAAUUACUCGCUUGUACAGUCGCUUCACCAGCCUAGACAAAGGAGAAAAUGGCACUCUUAGCCGUGAAGACUUCCAGCGGAUUCCAGAGCUUGCCAUCAAUCCUCUGGGAGACAGAAUUAUCAAUGCCUUCUUUCCAGAAGGAGAGGACCAGGUGAAUUUCCGUGGAUUCAUGAGAACACUAGCCCACUUCAGACCGAUAGAAGAUAAUGAAAAGAGCAAAGAUCAGAAUGGACCGGAACCACUGAACAGCCGAAGUAACAAGCUCCACUUUGCUUUUCGGUUAUAUGAUCUAGAUAAAGAUGACAAGAUUUCCAGAGAUGAGCUUCUUCAGGUAUUACGGAUGAUGGUUGGUGUAAACAUUUCAGAUGAGCAGCUGGGCAGCAUUGCUGACAGGACAAUCCAGGAAGCUGACCAAGAUGGAGACAGUGCUAUCUCUUUUGCAGAGUUUGUAAAGGUUUUGGAGAAGGUGGAUGUGGAGCAGAAAAUGAGCAUUCGAUUUCUUCACUGAUGCAUGGAGAACCUACUCCUUUCUGCCCCUACUAUAUAAUAAAUAGAACUUCAUUUUCUCCUUGGCACCUUCCCCCAGAGCAUUGCUACUGGUGCAUAUACAAUACAUCUCCAACCCUUCCCUGAUUUGUUCUACCAUGUGAACAUUCCUUGUGCAUCAGGAACAAAGGGAAAUGGCUGCCAUGCAACUUGGAAAGGAGCAUUUUUUAAAAAAAAAAUCUUUGCCUUUCAUAUUUUUACCCUUUAUCCCAUAUCUCCUUCUGCACUACUGUUUCAGCAAAAAUGUCUCUCCUUAUGUACUGCUGUUUAAUCUACAAACUGAUUCUUCUGGGCUCUGAAUCAGAAUGGAAAAAUGAGAACACAUGAGAGAAGCACCCUCUGAAACACUUUGGAGACAAGCAUCUACUCAAAUACUAGGUCACUUUUGCUCCAGUAGCAACACUACAAGAGCUGCCUUUUUUUUUUUUCCCCCCAUUUGGCUCUAUGUGCACGUAUGUUUCUUCCCCGAUUCCAAAUCUGCCUCUUACUUGAGGACUUCUCAAUUUCUAUGGCUUUAUUGUAAAACUGGCACUGAAUGCAUGAUGAUAACCUGGAGUACCUUAAAGUACUGUGUAUAAAUCUUAUUAUUUGUGGGAGAGAUUCACAGAUACAACAGGAGAAUCUGUGGUGGAGACAGGCUGUGGUGUCCUCAGAUGGAACAGGAAUUCUGCAGUAAGUAACAUAAAUUGUUCCAGUAGCAAAUGCAGAAACUUGUUUCUUUCCUUUGAGUAGCUUGCAGGCUUGACAGCCAGUGGACCGUAAGUGCCCUCUCCAGGUUGCUUUGCUGUAGGAUCCCUCAUCAGAGUGGUUUCAUCCCUGGAAGUGUGAAUUUGUUUGCUGGUGUACAUAAUGCAAGAAAACUAGUCAUGCCAAAAUCUGAAUUUGUAGAUCUGUCACUGCCCUCCGGUAAUAGUGUCAUGAAACAAAGUACUUUUUUUUUGUUUGUUUGUUUGUUAACAUCACAGUGGCCUGGAUGAUCAGUAAUUACUUAUGUUUUCCAGUAUGGAAAUCCUGGUCUGUCAGAUUUGCAUUGGGGGUGGUAGCUGUAUUUAUGAAAGCUCUGGCAUAAGAAUGUAAUUUGGGGAAGUACGUAUUAUCCGAAAUAUUUCAGAAUACAUUUCUAAACAAAUUUCUUUGCAAGGGUAAGAUGAUUAAUACCAUUAACAUAAUGCUGAUAAAUUCAAGAGAUCAAAAUUAUUGAAGGUUCAAUAGUAACAUUUUCUGUGGCUAGAUUGGCAAGUGAUUAAUCUAGUUCAGCUGGAGCAUCCUGUAGUCUGCAAGGUCCUUCCAAUAAAACAAAAAAAAUCCCUUGGGAGCUUCUUUAUUGAAGAAUCAGUGUUAUAACUCCUUCUCUAUGAUGUCGUGUUAACAUUUCUAUAAAUACUUACCAGUCUCAAACUACCCUCAAACGUCCAUUUCCCUUUUUCUUGGUUCCUGUAAUUGUCACUUGUGUUAAAAAAUAACAUGCAAGUCUCUGAAGGAUUUUUGGUUUGUUUUUAAAUUAAGGAAUUGUAAAGUGAAAUGCUGCACUUCAUUGUUUUGCAGAGUGUGGCACAAUUCCAGAAAGAAAUGUAAAUUAAAAACUCAAUAUGAGAAACAUCAUAGUUUUAUGAUCAUGUCAUGUAAAAUAGGAAUGUAACAAUGGUAACAGAAAAGUAAAAAAAGCGCUUGUAGGCUUUGUGAUCUGCUUAAAAGUAGGUGUUGCUUUCUUCUGGCUAUAUAGUUGUAACCUACAGUUGUGCCUUAUUGUCCCAGUGAGACUGGAUAUUUUAUUUAUCAAUCCAUAAAUAAACCCUCAACUGUAUUUAAAACAAACAAA